AGAGGCAAUUAAUUUUUCCUCCGUCUUGUGCACCAGAUGGAACAACUGUUUACAGUUUAUACACGUACAUGUGUCGACAUUGACCAAAGUAAAAAAAGUACACAAUUUUUUAAAUAUUAGUUGUCUGUUGGGAAGACAAGCUCAAAACUUAAUAAGUUCAUGUACCAGUACAUUUUGUUGUACAAUUUGCCCAAAAUGGCUUUCAUUUUUACACUGCUGAUGAUGCUGUGUGCAUCUCAAGUGUCGUGCUGUGAAACUUCCUGUGGUGGACUGCGACUGGAACACAAACUGUUCAGCGCUGACCACAGGGCCCUCGUGAAUUCUGUGUACAAGAAGAAAACUGCAGCUUCUCAAGUCAUCUGCGGUCGAGAAUGCAGCAUGGAUCCCGAGUGCAGGUCUGUCAACUACCACAAAUGCAGGAAGCUGUGCGAACUCAGCACCGCUACCCGCAGAGAGUUUCCUGAAGCUUUCGUGGAAGGCCAAGGCAGCGUGUAUUUUGAUGCAGAUGAGAAGACGCCGCUCUUUUCAUUGGCUCGCAACCACUCCACCCGUUACCUAAGUUGCGAGCAGCUCUUCGACGCAGGCUUUUGCUCCAGUGGCGUCUAUACCAUUCACCCACACGGCUUUGACAAAGGCGGGCUACGUGUCGACUGCGACAUGGCGACUGACGACGGGGGAUGGAUCAUGUUCCAGAGGCGGCAAGAUGGCAGUGUGGACUUCUACCGUACCUGGGCUGAGUACCAGUCUGGCUUUGGCAAUCUGUCCGGUGAGUUCUGGUUGGGCAAUGACAACUUGGCAAAACUCAUGUCGGACAAUCUUCAAGUAAAGUGGGAACUUCGUGUCGAUUUGAUGGACUGGGGAAACAACACUGCAUGGGCCAAGUACCAAGAUUUCACAAUCUCUGGGACUAAGUACACUCUGUCGUUCAGCACAUAUGAUGUCAACAGCACAGCUGGCAAUGCUCUUGGAAGACAAAACGGGAUGCCAUUUACAACGAAAGACAAUGAAAAUGACAUAUGGCAAGGUGGGAACUGUGCAAAUUUCUUUCACGGUGCCUGGUGGUACAAAGAUUGCACCAGUACUAACUUGAAUGGAAGAUAUUACCCAUAUAGAAAUGUCAAGUUUAAUCAAGGCAUCAAGUGGAAUCUCUGGGUAGGAAGAAAACAGUCUCUCAAACAAUGCAGCAUGAAAAUGCGAGAAAUUUAGACAAUUAGGCCAAAAAAAAUAGUUCUGCUUCCGAUUACAUGCCUUUCAAAAAUAGGA